AUGGAAAUCGCAGAUAUGGAAAGCCGCGACAAACGGCACCCCGAACCGACGCCCGGUUGCAAAGCCACCCCUUCGUGCAGCAUCGUAACGGCCUUAAUGGCGUUAAAUCCGCAACUCUUCCUCGCCAAAACGGAUUUCCUUCCUAUCAAAAUCGAACCCGACGAAUUGAUUCGACCCGGCUGCAGCGUAUCCAUGGGAACCGGUGGGAACACGCCGUUCGGCUUUUCCCCGUUGCUGCGGCUGCUGCAAUACGUGCGAGACUACGGUUACGGCUGCGAUUGCGACGACGACGAGACUUUUCAUUAA